AUGUCGCUCGACGUUCGCUUGCGGAUUGCUCUUGAUUGCGCAGAAGCACUUGCAUACAUUCAUUCAUCAACUGAUUCGCGCAUCCUACAUGGUGAUGUCAAAUCUGCCAACAUACUUUUGGACACGAACCUAAUGGCAAAAGUUUCUGACUUUGUUUUAUCAAGGCUACUCUCAACAAGUGGUUAUACAAUGCAUACCCAGAAAGUAAUAUGUAGCAAUGGCUAUGGUGAUCCGAAGUUCAAGGAAGAAGGCAUACUCACACAAAAGAGCGAUGUGUAUAGCUUUGGAGUUAUACUAGUAGAACUCAUCACUAGGAAGAAGGCUUGUGAUGAGUUUGGGAAGAAUGAACUCGCGCCGUACUUCCGUUCUUGCUUCGCUAAAGGGAAACAGAUAGUUCAUGAUAUGGUUGAUGAUGAGAUUGCAAAAAGGGAAGAGAAAGUGGUUAUUGAAGACAUCUUCAAGCUUGCAUUCAACUAUUUAAACACGGAGAUCAAAGAUCGACCAGAUAUGAAGAAAGUGGCACAACAACUGUAG